AGAACACCACCCCUGCUGUUCAACCUACAAAGGGAAUCAUUUAUGUUGCUGACUCGUUCCCACCAUGGCAACAAACAAUGGUUCGUUCCCAGACAAUAGAGAUAUCGUCAAAGCAAUGAAGGAUAUUCCUGAAGUGCAAAAAUAUAUGAAGAAACUUAUGCCAUUUGUUCAAAAUUACAAGGUAAGCCAAAUUAACGAGCGCGCAUGAGCUCGACUGGUGUCGUGAAAAGGAAGUGGAGUGGAGGGGGCAACUUGCCCUUUGCUCCAUUUUAAUACGGUUCCCCAUUUUGGGAGGGAAUAAGGCUCGCCUCAUCUCAGGUUGUACCCCCUCUCUGUUAGGGCUCCCAAAAGCUCAAGUUCAAUCCUCUUGUAGAGGGAGUCCUCACAUAUAACACGGUUUCUGAUGUUGUAAAAUGGUGCCGUCGCGAAGGUCACAGUAUAAUGUAUGCUUAGGGUCCGUUCAUAUGUGCCCUGAUAACCGGCAAACUCGUCAUGUGUUAAUUGAUAUAAAACCCAUUCACACGUGAAACGAGUUAUCGCACCCUGCGGGAAGAAAAAUAUAUUUUCUAUCCUGGUGAACAGAUGUAAUUCAUCCCACUUUACUUAUAUAGGACUGGUGAGCUUCCUGGUCAACCGCGCUCGUAUUAAACUGAGAAUUUUUCUACUUUGCAGAGUAAAGUUGAAAAACAAGGAAUCGGGGCUCUGGAUACAACAUUGAGUUUUGAUGAAAUAAAAGUGUUAAAUGAAAAUAUUGAAUAUCUCACUAAAUCUCUUGGAGUAAGUCAAUACAUUUCAAUUGUUAACUAGAAUACUCACGCCAUAACAUUUCGAACACAUGGUGGAUAUAUUCAUUUGCUCACUUGGUUGCACAAAUGAAACAUGGUAUAGCCAAACAACAAAACCUUUAACUACCUUUACUGAGUCCCAAGACUUGUGUAUAGCAGUGUAAAUAACUAUUCAUAACCUUACCAAAUAACAGACACUAACAAACCCUUCAGUGGAAACGGAUAAAAUAACCUCUUUUUAUUACGGAAUUCUCUAAGACGGAUUCCAAAUCAUAGACUGGUUAUUUAAAAGAAAUAAUAAGAACAUUUUGUCGGAACAAGAAGUGUCUAGAAACGUCUUUCUUGCGAAAACUUCGAUGAUGAGGUAAUGACAGUUUGUGUAUGUCGUUUUCAGUUAUGUUCAAUAGAAGUGAAGUCUGCUGUAGAAGGCGAUGGUAAAAUUAAAGACGAAUGCCUCCCUGGAAAACCGUACUCGGUGUUUAAAUGUUGAAAAUAGGUAACGAAAUUUUCUAUUUAUUUUAUUUUGUGGCUAUUUUGUACCAAGCGCCCUCUCUCCACUCUCAGAAGUCUCCACUCCUAUCAAUUAAGAUUAACGGUGAUUUUUUUACCCCAUCUCUUUGCUGUUCCAAACGAUUUCUCUGAAAAACAUGAGGCACCACAUCACACUCCGACCUUCUUCACGGACGUCUUUUUUAUCACUGCAUGAGGUAGCCUGGGCAAAAUACAUGCAGCGCUCGUAUCAGAGUCUUUGUCUUGGUCCCAACAAUGGUCUGACUGCAAUUAUUGACAAACCAUGUUCGGGCAGUUUGAUAAACAUUGUCAAAAAUUCAAUGAUUAAAAAUUAAGAUUCAUAAAUAGCCGAAUACAACCCCCUCCCCCCCUGCAAACAAUGUUGUUGUAUGACAUCAUAUUUCAUUGAGAACGUAUUGCACUGUCUAUUUAUGAUACAAUAUGCAUACCAUAAUACAACAUUUUAAACGGGGCACUGGGGUUAAGAGGGUGCCAGAUGCCAUACUACCGGAGGGUUUUGUCAACGUACCUUGAAGAGAUAUAGGCCAAACGUCUGGACGUUGAUGGAGCUACUGAAAAUUAGUAGGUAGUUGCAGGGCGUAGUAGUCGCGACCAAAGGAAGACAAUUUAUUUAUGCAACCAAGCUUAUUAAUUGGAACAGUCGAGUUUAAAAUAACAGAAUGCUUUUAGUGUAUUGUAUUUUAACUUCUACAAUGUUUUACACAAUUUACUGUUAGGCUUUGUAAAGAAGCAUGCGAUUGGGGAUUUUUUUGGAAAAUUUUGAAUCAACAUUUUUGGCACGCAGAAAGUUAGUCAUUUUGUUUAUUUCAGGCAGGGGGAAAUAUGAUACAUUCAUAUAGAGUUCUCCCACUUUGCGCUUUAUUUUGGGUAGGGGUUUGCCCCUUUACGUUCACUUUUGGUGGCUGUAGCCCAGCCCUCUCCCCGGUUCCACCGCCUAUGAAAACAAUGUUUUAUACAACUUUUCCCCCACAUGCACUGCCCCCCAUUCGAAUUUGCCACCGCAGUAUUAUGCAAUCGAAGUUCUAAAAUAUUGAUUAUUCAUUGUUUAGGUUCAGAACUCGAUUACGGACGACAUUAGUAAAUCUUAUACUUCACUAUGAAAAACAGCUAUAAUAUUUUAACAGUAAUAAAUGUCUAGCAAUAUAAAUCUUUUGUGGAAAAUUAUUUAUAAUUUUAAUUCAAUUAUAGUGGAGUGUAAUUUUAUGGCAUUUUUGUCUGAAAUCCACUGCGUUAUAUUAGCUUUGCUUUAAAGUAAUUUA